AUGUUAAAUAAUGAUAUUAUCUUACGUAUACAAACUAUCUAUUCAAAUUCUACAUAUUCGAAUGAAUGGAUUAAAUCCUCUUAUAUACUAUUGAAUGAUAUUAUACAUUAUUAUAAUGUCAAUUACUUUACAUUAUAUACUAUUAGUAUAUUAGGACGUUUUCUAUCUUAUAUAAUACAAACAAUUGGUACUAUAGAUUAUAUAAAUAUAAAAUGUAUUGAAACAUUACAUUAUUUAUUUACUAAUCAAUUUAUCUCUAUGAAACUUAAAACUUCAUUAAUUCAUUUAAUAGAAAUUGACUUAGCAACUAAUUUAUUAAAUAAACAAUUCAAUAUUAAUCAUUAUACAUGGAAUUGUAUAUGUGAUUAUAUAAUAAAUUGUAAUAAUAUUGCACCUAUUAUACGUAUAUUAAUUUAUGUUUGUAUUAAAACAAUUAUUUAUCCAAUAGAAUAUAAACAAUGUCUCAUAAAAUUAAAACAUUUUAUCACCAUGACAACAAAAUAUCCAUUAGAUUUUUAUGAAUUAAUCAUGAUAUUUAAAUUACUUAAUGAUCAAUCAAAAGUAUAUAAUUCAAGGAUUACAUCAUUUUGUUUUAAUAUUAUGCAAUUAUUAUAUUAUAAUAUAAAAGAUUCAGAUUAUUAUAAUGCUAUGAAUUAUUAUAUUCAAUCUGAAAGGGAUAAUAAUAAUAAUAAUAAUAGCAGUAAUGGGGAUUUAUCACAAGUUAACUUUAUACCACAUCAUCAUCAUCAUCAUCAGUCAAAUAUCGGUAACUAUGGCAACACAUCCGAUGACAUAUAUACAGAUCAUGCAAAUCAAUUGAAUGAUUCCAAUAAUACAUCACAAGUAAUCAUUUUAAUACCAAAUUAUAUUUAUUCUUUAUUAUGUAAUCAAAAUGAUUAUGUCAUUCAAUUGAAAGGUAUAAAAGCAUUACAAUUAUUUACAUGGAAAAUGUAUUGUCAUAAAAAAUCUUUCCAGUAUUAUCCAAAUCUUCUAUGUUAUAUUAAGAAUAUACGAAUAUUUUUAACAAAUAUAUUAAAUAUUAUGUAUCAUCAAUCAAUCAAUAUAAUAGUACAUCUUAUUGAUAUUGUAUUGAUGCUAUUACAUCAUCUACCUAAUUAUGUAAUCCAAUCCAAUAUCAAAGAGAUAUUUCAUUUAUUUAAACCAAUUUUAAUAAAUAAUUUAAAGACAAUGUAUUAUGUAAUACAUCGAAUGUUAUUACAAUUAUUAAAUUACUUUACAGUUGAUAUUAUAUUAGAUGAAUUAUGGUUAUAUUAUAAUCAUAGAAAUUUUCGUAUACGUACCAAUACUAUAUAUUGUAUAACAUAUAUAUUACAUAAUAGAAUGGAACAAAAUAUUGAUAUUAUGAAAAUGAUUAAACGAAUUGUACAAUGUUUAAAAGAUAAAAGUGGAGUGGUUCAAUCAGCAGCAGCUAAAUGUUGCGCAACUCUUGUUACUAUAAGUAAUAAUAAUAAUAAUAUAUCAAUAUUAUCGAUUAUUGAAAAUUUAUUACUUAAUGAUAUGUCUAUGAUAGAAGUAAAUUUUUUAUUAGAAAAAAUUAAAAAAUAUAUCAACUUAAAAAAUGAUGAGGAUUUAGUUGCUAUGGUGAAUUAUGAAAAUGAUUUCAAACAAAAUUAUAAUAGAGGAAAUCAUCAUUUGGAUUGUAGAAGUGAUACUAUUGAUAAAUCCAUUAGUCGAAAUACUUCAGAACGAUUUAAUAUGCCAAUUAAUCAUUUGGAUUUGAAUAAAAUGGAUCAUUUGAAUGGAUCAUAUUUUCAAAUGUCUGAACGUCGUAAACGUUUGAAAUCAAGUAAAUCAGAUAAUCAAAAGUCAGUUCGAAGAUACAUUGAUACAAUGAAACUUCAUGAAUUUUCUGCACAGACCCAAAGUCAAUUAGAUCACAGAAAAGAUGUGAAAGAUCAUCCAAACACACAAGAGAUUUAUGAUGAACCAACAACUAUUAAUGCAAUGCCAGAUCUUCAAGAUACACUAACCGGAGAAGAGAUAAAUUGUCCAAUUAAUUGGUACAAUCAGGGUACUGAAAAUCAGAUAAAUCGAGGUCUUGAGAGUUUACGUAAUUCUGUAUCUAGACGACGUAAACAAUGGUUAUUUAAUCAAAUGGCUAAAAUAAACACUAAAAAAUUGUCAGAAAGUAAUCAUGACAAUUUAUAUCAAAUGAAACCUUUGAAUAUAGAAAAUCAAGAUUAUCCAUUAUACACAAAUUCAAAUAUGUGGACUAGUCAAGAUAAUGAUAAUUAUCUAAUAACAUCCAAUCAUGAAAAACAUCUAUUACCAACAUAUGAAUAUUGUGAGAAAUUAUCAAAUCAAUGGAGAACUAACACUUCAUAUUCAUUAAAUCCCCAUUCGUAUAAACAAUCAAAAUAUAGUGUGAAUAAUAGAAUGUAUAAAAGUAUGAAUGAUAUUCAUUCACAUGUUAAUAAAGAACAGUCUAAAAUGGAGUACAAUGCUAAUAAAAAUCAAGAGAAGCAAAGUAUUUCAACACAGAAAAAAUCAAAAUACUCAACAACAACAACAUCAUCAUCAUAUAAUGAACGAAUUAAAAAUGAUUCACAUGUUAUCAAGAAAACUAUUGAUCAUUCUAAAGAGUGCAAUAAGCCAAUAGGAAUAGAAGAACAAAUUCUUGAAUAUAUUACAUCUAAAAAUUGGGAAGAACAAAUUAAAGCUACAGAUAUGAUAGAAAAUUUACUAGAAACAAUGAAUGUUAAACCAUUAGAGAUAUUAUUCAGUGAUUCAAAAAAUAUAAAUAAGCUUGUUUGUGGAAUUGAACAAACUGUUAAAUGUUUACGUUCACAAGUAUCAUUAAAAGGUUUAAAAACCAUUGAACAAUUAUGUCAUUAUUUAAAUGCAAUUCAUCAAGGUCAUUUAUUGAAUCCAUAUGCAGAACCAUUAAUUACAACAUUAUUAAGUCGUAUAAGUGAAGAUUCUAGUACAAAAUUUAUACAAAAACAAUCUUAUCAAUCAUUAGAAAUAUUAAUAUCAUGUAUAGAUAAUAUGAUUACUAUACAUAUAUUAUGUACAAUAUUAUGGGAGAAAUUUAUACAGAGUAAUAUAAAACGGAAUACAAUUAGUCAAUUAUUAAAUUAUAUAUUAUGUAAUCAAUUGAAUAAUAGUAAAAAAAAUAUGUUAUUAUUUCAAAGAUUAGGAUUAUAUGGAUUAAAUCAAUUAAUGAAAGUGGUAAAACAAUUAAUCAAUGAUAAAGUAUCAAGUACAAGGUUAAAUGGACGUAGAAUUCUUGAACAAAUCAACUUGUUUACAGAUAUCAAUAGAGUAUAUAAACAAGAUACUAUUAAUGAUAAUUCAUUAGAAUUGGAAUACAUCAAGUCCAAAAACUUAAAAUUUCGGAGAUGA